AUGGCAGCCAUGGGGUUGCAAGUGGUCCUGUCACCUCAGGAUACACAGCAAAGCUUUGUACAGAUGCUCAGCAAUAAUCUUCCCAAGGUCCUAGAUGAUAACAGCGGAAGCCACCGCGACAAAUCCCCAUCCUUGUAUGGGUUGAUAUAUACACUCAUUCCAGCAGUACUAUUGGCAAUCGUGCUUCUGAGCACAUUUUUCGGUCUGCGAGGAAAGCUUCGCAGGCUCUAUAUCCCAAGGACUUUCCUUGAUACUCUCACGGAAGAGGAGAAGACGCCGCAAGCUUCGAACACGGCCUUCGGAUGGAUUAAAUUUUUCGAAAGAACCAGUGACACCCUCGUCCUUAACUCACAGUCUUUAGACGGUUAUCUUUUCGUGCGCUUCUUCAAGAUAGUCGUGGUCAUAUGCUUCAUCGGUUUUCUUAUCACUGGUACCAUCCUCUUGCCCAUCAAUGCCACUGGGGGCGGCGGACAACACCAGUUAGACAGGCUUUCUUUCAGCAAUGUCAAGGACCCGAACCGAUACUAUGCCCACACGUUUGUUGCAUGGGUAUUUUUUGGUUUUGUGCUUUUCAUGAUCACGCGGGAGACUAUCUAUCUCAUCCACCUACGACAAGCCUACCUGCUCUCACCAUGGAACUCAAGCCGCAUUUCUUCCAGGACCGUCCUGUUUACUUCUGUGCCCAAGACCUACCGCAAUGAGGAGAAACUGAAGAGCAUUUUUGAUGAAAUUAAGCAAGUGUGGCUCGUGGAAGAUUUUAAGAAGCUCGAAGGCAAUGUUGAAAAAAUGGAUAAAGCUGCAAUGCGGCUUGAGUAUGCUGAGAUCAAGCUCAUCAAGGACACCAAUGCCAGACGAUUGAAAGAACUCAAGAAACGCAAGCCAGAAAGAGGCAGAUCGCCUGAGCGGGCGUCGCCAGGACGCUGGGUCAACCUACAGAGACGACCCAAGCAGACCGUAGGCUUUAGACUCAAUUUUCUGAUGGGGCACAGAGUCGACACUAUCUCCUACAGUCGGAAACAGCUCCACAAACAAAUACCAGAAAUUAGGGCAGAUCAGAAGAUGCACCUUGAUGGAGACACAAAACUUCUGGGCGCUGUCUUUGUCGAAUUCGAAACACAGUCUGCCGCACAAGCCGCUUAUUCACUGGUCUCCUACAAUCAUCCAGGGAGGAUGGUUCCACGUCAAGUUGGUAUCCUACCAAAUGAGGUUAUUUGGAAGCAUCUGCGCAUACCCGACUGGGAGGUUUCCCUGCGACAGCUCAUUGCCACUGCUUUGAUAUGCUUGAUGACAAUUUUCUGGGGAAUUCCCGUCGCUUUCGUUGGUUCCAUUUCCAACGUCCAAUACCUCUCGAAGAAAUACGCGUGGCUACACUGGAUCGACAGCUUAUCUGAUAAACAAGUUGGUGUGCUGACCGGCCUCCUACCUGCCCUUCUCUUGGGUCUUCUUACAACAAUUGUGCCAAAGAUUUGUCGCCUUGUUGCGAAGCAUGCCGGCUCUGUCACACUCUCACAAGUCGAACUGCGGACACAGAUUUACUACUUUAUAUUUUCGUUGAUCCAGGUCUUCCUUGUCACGACUUUCAGUUCCGGAGCCACUGCUGUCUUUGGUGAAAUAGCCAGGGAGCCUUCUUCUGCGCCGACUCUUCUUGCCCAGAAUCUUCCGAAGGCAUCCAACUUCUACAUCUCGUAUUUCAUCCUAUACGGUGUAGCCAUGAGCGCAGUAUACGUCUUUAACCCAGCGGGCCUUUUCUUCUACGUUAUACUGCCCAAGAUCUGGCCUUACUCCACUCCACGGGAAUCCUACAACGCAUACAUCACUUUAGAGUCUCCCAACUUUGGCUCUGAAGCUGCCAAGUGGACGAAUCUAGCUGUAAUCGCCAUCAGCUACUCAUGCAUUGCACCCCUAGUCCUCGGGUUCGCUACCGUCGGCUUUGGGCUCAUCUAUCUCGCCUUGCGAUACAAUUUCAUCUAUGUCUUUGACACCGACAUUGACACAAAGGGCGCUUUCUACGCCCAAGCCCUCCAGCAAAUGAUAGUAGGAGUCUACAUUGCUGAGCUCUGCCUAAUCGGCCUCUUCGCCAGUCGCUCAGGAAGCACCUCUACAGCCAACGGCCCCCUAAUCCUCACUGUGGCUCUCUUCAUCGCAACGCUACUAUACCACUACUGGAUGCACAAAACGCUCAAACCCCUAACAGAGCUGCUGCCGCGGAACCUCCUCACCGAAACCGAGCAAGGCUACGACGACGCUCUGACAGCCGAGCAUGGCGACGCAGGCGCACGGCAACCACUGCUUACGCCAACAAGUCCUGACCACGAUGGCGAAGAUGGCCACACCGCCACCCGCGUCAACGCCAUCCAGGUUCUCGCCAAGCACGCCGAGUCUCACAACUGGUUGCGCCGCUUCUUCACGCCGCGCACAUCUUCCGUCGCCGCCAUCGCCAAGAGCCUGCACCCCGGCCUGCGCCAGCCCGUGCCGCCGUACCCGCAAGAGGUCGCGCGCGCAGCAUAUAUCAAUCCAGUCAUUACGCGGGAGCCGCCGGUGCUUUGGAUCGUCAAGGAUGAUAUGGGAUUGAGUGAGCGGGAGAUUGUCGAGACGAGGGAGGAAGUGGGCGCUGAGGGGGUGGAGAUGACGGAUAAGGGUGCUUGGUUGGAUGAGAAAAACGGAAUUGUCUGGGAUGAGGAGAGGUUGAGAGAGAUGCCGCUGUGGAAGGGACGGGUUGUUUAUUGA